AUGUCAUUGGUACUAACGAAAGCUGCCCUAGCAUUGAAAAACGCUGAAGAAAACUUUCAAGUCGUCAAGUUUGAGGCACAUAAGCCGAAAAAGAAAGCGAUUUUAGAAAACCAGGACAAAGUUGAAGCAGGGAAUGUGUCAGAACAAAAGAAAGAUGCAGAUCUAAAGAGAAUUAGGCAUGAAAUAGUGAGGUUUGGUAUGUCAGGAUUUGACCACACUAAAAAGGAGGAGGCCAAAAUUGCAUUGGCCGUAAGCUUAGGUGCAAAACCACCAAAACGUCCAUAUGUUAAUUACAAAGAACUUAUGGCUAAACGGAAAGAGGAAAAAGUAAAAGAUCAACAGGAAAAACAGUUGAUGAAAUCUAAGACUAUUUUACAGACUGUUAGCAAAAAGAAGAAAGGGACCAAAAAUGAUGUUGGACAUUUCUUAAGUAAUUAUGGAAAGGUACAGAAGAAAGAUUUGAAACAAGAUUCAAAAAAAGACAAAGGCAACAAGAAAAAGAAGAGAUCAAAAAUGAAUAUUUAA